GUGUGUGUGUGUAAUGUGCAACAGAUGACUUCUUGGGGGAUGAGAGGGUCUGACGGAGGAAAAUCUUUCCUCGGCUGGAGCCACAUCAGCUCACAACGGAUGUGCAUGGAUAUAUCAAUACAGCUCGAAAUUCACAAUGCAUUCGUCUUAUAGCUAAUCUAAAUGUCUGUAUCCGGGCGGCAAUGCAUCUGUAAAGCUUCAAUUCCUGGCGAGGAAAAACUUGGCGAACCUGGACUGAAACAAAGGAAUGUAUUGAGAGGCUUGUUAUUUGCUCAUCACUGGAAUGGCAUACUUUCUCUAUAACUUUCUUUUGUUAGGCAGUGGAGCGCUUUUAUUUUUCGCGCCUUGUUGGGCCAUUUGCCCCGAGCCAUGCGAGUGCCAGCACGCGCAGCACGUCCUCUGCGCAAAUCGCGGUCUGCGCGCGGUGCCCAAAGCGCCGCAGGUGGAGCGCGCAGGGGACGUGGUGGUUCUCGGUCUCGCGGGAAACUUCAUUCACAACCUCAGCGCGUUCGACUUCAUACGCUAUGGGAACUUAAUCAGGCUAAACCUCCAGUUUAACCAAAUAAGGAAUAUACAUCCUAAAGCAUUCGAGAAACUCUCCAUGCUGGAGGAGCUUUAUCUGGGCAACAACUUAAUCUCGACAAUACACCCUGGGACUCUACAGUGUCUGAAAAAACUCACAAUAUUAUAUACCAAUAACAACGAGAUCAAGGACUUUGUUUCCGAACCUUUCAGCCAUUUAAAUAGUUUAGUCAAACUGAGACUCGACGGAAAUUUAAUUGAGUUUUUAAAGGAAUCCGUCUUCAAAGGACUGACUAAUUUAAUGUUUCUGCAAUUAGAAUCGAACCAGCUUCGCCAUAUUGACCGUAAUGCGUUCGCGCGGCUCAGCAAACUGCAGUUUUUAAACCUAUCAGACAAUAAACAAACAGAACUGCGGGAUGUUUUCAUGUUUUCCCAUCUCAAGUCACUAACAACUCUUCUAAUCGCAGGCAACCAAAUAAAGCACAUUGGAAAUCACGUCUUUCAGAACUUGAAAAAGCUAACAAGACUUUCUUUGAGCCACAAUAAGAUAUCAAAGCUGGACAACGAAGCGCUCAAGGGUCUCGCGCGAGUGAAAGAGUUCAAGAUAGACAGGAACGAGCUGACCGAGAUCCCUGCUAGUCUGCUAGACCCGCUGGAGAGCAUCGAGAACCUGGACUUCAGUGACAAUCACAUAUCUCGCGUGGACCCCGGUGCUUUCGGCCACCUUUCUCGUCUAAAGAUCUUAAAACUGAAAAACAACCGUCUUGUGAAUCUCUCCGGUGGAAUUUUCGCCACAAACGGCGUUUUGUUCCACGUAGAACUGAAUGGGAAUAACUGGACGUGCGACUGCCGGAUGGAGAAGCUUCGAAGUUGGAUGACGCAUGCGCAUUCUCAGGGAAAGCUGUUGACCGUGUUUGUGCGCUGCCUUCACCCCCCGGUGCUGGCGGGAAAAUACUUGGACUAUGUCAGAAACUCCCAGCUGGGAAAUAUGAGUGGUUACUGCGAGUCAGAACCACAGCCAAUGGAGAGCCGUGGAGCAGUAGUGGAGUCACCGGUUCUCAAGGAGGAAAGAGGGAAGCGACAAGGUGAGAAACAUGGAGAUGUAGGUGUCCAAGGGGAUGAGGGGGAGCAAGGGCUCGUGACAACACUAGAUAGAAAGAAGAAGCGGAAACUGGUCAGCUCAAGGCCAAGACACACAGCUGGGAAAACAGGGAAUGGCUCUUUAUCUGAUUUCCCAACGACAACAGCCACUAUCUUAACAGGCCACAACCACAGCACCUUUGCUUGGGCCCCACAGGAGCAGUUCAACCUGCCCUUACAAGACAGAGCCAAGCAUCAUGACUCAGAGAUUGAAGUGAUCACUGAUGCAUGUCAAUUCAACCAUCACUCCAUCCUGAAUGUUAGCGUGGAAGAUGUCACUUCCGGUACAGCCACAGUCCGCUGGAGCACAAUUCCUGAUGUCGGACUAGUUCAUGGGAAAGAACUUCUCUUUCGGGUUUUAUUUGACCGUUUCGGCCAUGCUUUCCGCUUCCCACGCUAUGUUUACACAGAUGGAUCCGACCGGGCAGUGACCCUCCAAGAGCUCCGCCCAGACUCCACCUACAUCACCUGCGUGGAGAGCGUUGUGGGUGGAGCUUUGUGCCAGGUUGCCCCCAGAGAUCACUGCACUGGAUUUGUCACACUUUUGCCCUCGGUGACAAUUGAGGUCAAUCUACAGCUUGUCACAGUAGCAGCCCUGGCAGCCAAUGCGCUGCUCCUCCUCCUGGUGGGCGGAGUCUGGCUGGGGCGUGUGUUGAAGAGGCGGAUCAGAAGCAGGAAGUCGUCCACUCAUGCACAUGUACGUCACAUGUACUCAACCAGACAUCCGUUUCGCUCUACUGUGGCCGCUACCUGUGUCUCUUCUGAAUUCAGCGGUUACCAGAGUGGAAGACAACUGGCUGAAGAAGGUGACCUCAUCCAGUUCCCCGGUGACCGCUUCUUUGACAACAGCCAUGCACGAAGAGAUGACGAUGUCAUAAUGCUCAGAUACUCAGACUGAAGGGUAGUUUGUGUUUGUGAAAAGAAGAUAAUUUUGGCAAAAAAAUCAUUCUGGCCACAAAUGAGUAACCACUGAAACUGCAACUUUUUUUUUCAUUUCUUUUUCAUCUUUUCAUUUCUUUUAAUUGAUUGUCUAGGCCUCAGCUGCUGGUUGGCAGAAUUUUUUGGUUUUGGAAUGAAUGUCUUUGUAGAUAACAUAUUACUUAUUUACCCAAUGCAGAUAUGCAGUAUUCCAGGCAAGUAUAUCAGUACGUGAGGUACAGCACAGGAAAAGUCUUUUGAUACAUUUUAUACGUUUCACUUUCAUGAUUUUCAAGAGUUUUUAAUAAAUACGUCUUUAAUAGUAAUUGUGUAAUUACUGUUUCCAUUUUUUAUCUUUAUAAUGAAUUUAAUCUCGACAUUCAAAAUUCUACAAUAGACUUUAGCAUGUUUAGACGCCAUAUUGAAUUGAACACAGAUGAAGACAAGGCUUUGACGGAGAGAAUUUAUAUUUAUGAUAGCACAUACUGUAUAUAAGUCAUAGGCCUAGACCAUGUAAUUGAGUACAUGCAAUCUCAAAUAAUCAUAUUUAAAAAAAAGUAAGUACUUGUAAUUAGACUAUAAUAUGUUUUAAAAUGCUCAUAAUCAGAUUAUAGUUACUUUUUUAUGGGUUGCAUGACUACAUAUUCACACAAUUGAAGUAAGUUCUUGAUAAUUUAUUAAUUUAACCCCAGAUCUUUUUUCAUUUUUCUUUUCUAAAUGAACCUACCAUUUAUAUGCCUGAAACAAAUUGAAACAAACUGUCUUCAUCAUAUCCAGUGACGUUCAAUAAUUUUUUAUAUCAGAAGUCUCGAAAAUAAUGUUUCAAAUAUGAAAAAACUUUGACCAUGUUUAUUAAUGUUUGUCCAUAGAGAUUCCCAAGGUUUGACAUUUUUAUGAUUUCAUUGAUUAUUAGCUAAUCAUGAAAACUUUUCAUGUUUUUUUCUUUUUCAUUGUGCUGUACAAAAUGAUCACAUUCAAGUCUAAGUGAUAAAUGAGUUAGAUCAAAAGUCAUCUAAAAUAACAAAAAGUAAUCAGAGUACAGUACCUUAUUUGUGUUAACCAGAUAAUGUUACAAACUUCAAUUUCAGUCAUGUAAUUUGUUAUCAGUCAUGGAUUACAGUUUACAAGUAAUCUACCCAGCACUGUUGAUAAACAACAGUAUAAUUCACUAAACGCAAUGUACUUCUAUCCCUCACAGCCUAGUUUUCAUUCCUGUAAAAAAAAAAAAAAAAAA